AUGGAUUUCGAACAAGACGAACCCUGUGAGCAGUGUGGCAUCGCCUGGUCUUAUGUGGAAGACGGCAGAUGGUAUUGCAGAAAUGGGCACGACCGAGGCAGGACUGUCACUGGUGAAGAUGAACAGGACUUUCUGCAACGAGGUAACAUCGUGAGGAAGAGAGAAACGAAAGAAAAGCAAAGGAUGACAAAAGUGCUCCAUGGGAUUAAAGCAUAUCAACUAUUUCUUCAGUCAUGGCAGUUUAUCCUCUGGAAGCAAUGCCACACCCUGGUCCACCGAAAAGGCUUACCGCCAGAUCUUUGGACAAUUGUUCGAGAUUUGUGGACUCUUUGGCUUUCGAGAUUGGAACACCGCCUUCAAGAAUCCCCAGACCCCGAAGCUCUCCCAGAUCCAGAAAGCGAAGAGGAGCUCGGACUGGAUGCUGGCAACGAAACAGACACCGAUCUCGAGACCGACGGGGAAAGCCAAUGGCAAAAGAAGCACAAAUCGACAUGCGACAGUCCAACACUUGUCGAUACAGUGGCGCUCACCUACCUGGGUGUGAUUUUGCUGCGGAGAACAAUUGGACUAGCUACCAUGCUGAGAUGGAUCCAGCAAGAAGACAUUCCAUUCAUCCGUGCCAUCAGACAUGUACCCCCGGAGAUGAAAGAUCGUUUACCAGGCGAAUAUCAAAUGUCCUUGGACACAAUGAGUAUUCUCCAACCAGACGACCUUCAAAAAGCUGUGUUCCAUUGCGCCGUGAUGUACAGCUCUUCUUUCGGCAUGAUUCUCCCCCCGGUUAACCACAAUCUUUUCCUUCUCCAAUAUAUUCGAUCACUUGCUCUGCCGGUAGAGGUCUACAGUACUGCUCGCCGGUUGAAUACCGUAACCACUUACGCCUUCUCUUAUCCCCAUCGAUCACAAUCAGAUUCAACGAGACGGCAGCCGACCACAUACCCCGAAGCUCAACUCAUGUCCCUUGUGGUGAUCGCCACCAAACUCCUCUUUCCCUUCGACCCAGAGACUGUGAAGCGUUACCCGAAACGGAACAACGAUCCGACCACUCUGAAAAUGAACUGGUCGGCAUGGCUUGAUGCGAAAGUCAGCUUCGACCAGAACUCCAGUGCAACCGAUCCGGCCGGCUUGAAAUCUGGCUCCGAAAUCCACAUCACCGAUCACGACAUAAUGGAAAUGACUGACGAGCAGCUCGACCAAUACAUGGACUGGUACCAACGAACAUGGAUCACGUCCGCCGCCGGAGCCCAGUCGCAGAAAUCUCCACAAAGUGGCAUUGAUAGAGACAUCCUUGACAUGUUCCCACUCUACAACCUUCCCGAACCGAUCCAAACUCGAGAGCGGAACGAGCAGGCCGAAGGAGAAGAACGAGAUCGCCUAGAAAUGCGGAUCAGGGCCGUCCAGUCCUCCCUCACAUCGCGGAGGGCUAUCUCGAUCGAGGAAGAAGCCGAGCGUGGCCUCGAGAUCCUUCGCCCCGGCGCAAAGUAUCUCCAUCUGCGCAAUAUCGCAGAUCUCGAUAGGGCGGAUAAAGUGGUGAAAAUCUUCCACGAGGAAGCGGCACAGACGGCAUGUCUAAGUGUGAAGGCCCUUUUGAGGGCGGUGAAUAGGUCAGAGGAAAAGAUUGAGCAGUGGCUAAAGGAUAGGAGGAGAGAAGACGUCUUUGGAGACGAGGAGGAGGAGGAAAACCCAGUAGAGGAAGGCGAAGAGGGAAUUAGCCUCGCGACGAGCCCUCCCAAUGCUUCAGCAAACCUGAUUAGGGAUUUAAGUGGCUUGGAAAUUGGGCAAUCACCAGAUGUGCAAGGUGAUGAGGACGUUGGGAUGGAAAGUGCCAUGGAGAUGCUGUCCGAGACCUAG